CAACGCCCCUCGAUCUUCUGCAUAACGCACUUGUCUGCCCGUCAGCCCGCUACAGACAGCCCCGUGCGCCCUCAGGUUCACAGCAUACCCCUCUGCAGCUGAAUAUGGCUUCCUUUUUCUCCAGCGUACGCCAAGGGCUAGCUGGUCGAUCCAACAAGGGCAAUCAGCAACAGCAAUCAGGCAAAGGCGGCACACCUCCACCCACUGGACAGUACUCUCAAUCGCCCACAUCGCAGCAGACUCCUCAACCUCCUAUGCCUCACUCUCCAGCAAUGUCGGCCUCCAUGUCAUUCGAUGCUGGUGCGGAAAGUUCCGCUCAGUCUGGCAACCGCAGACCGCCUUUCUUCUUCCGUGAAGAGUACUCCAACUUGAUCGUCAAGGGCAACUUCAUGACCCUGGCUGCUAAGCCAAAGCUUGUUGAGGAGGGUGAAUGGCUCGCACAUCAAGUUGUCGAACAAUACCGACUACUCGAACAGAUGGUUGAAGUCAUCAAAGUUAUCGACGACCGAACAGGCAAGCCAAUCUGCAACCCAGAUGUCUGCCCAACCAUGUCAGCUAGCGGUCACACAUAUACCUGGCUCGACAACAACAAGAAACCCAUCAAAAUCCCUGCCAUCCAAUACAUCAACUUGGUGCAAAAAUGGAUCGUCGGCAAGAUCAACGACCCCUCCAUCUUCCCCACAGACACCACCCCCAUAAACCUGAACCCGUCAAACUACCCUUCCGGCUCGGCGACCCCAGGGAACUCAACUCCCCAAGCGCUCCCCCCAUCCUCUCUCAACGCACCUCUCUCCCAGCUCGCAGGCCGCGAGUGGCUCGGCAAAUCCUCCGGCUUCCCUGAGACCUUUGAGAGCGACAUCAAGAGCAUCUACCGCCAGAUGAUGCGGUGCUACGCACACAUUUACCACGGACACUGGCUGGAGCCGUUCUGGAACGUGAGCGCGUACAAGGAGCUGAACACAUGCUUCAUUCACUUCAUUAAUGUUGGAAGGCUGUUUGGGCUUAUUGGCGAUAAGGAGAUUGAGCCUAUGCAGCCGUUAGUCGAUUUGUGGACGGAGAAGGGACUUUUGACUGCGCCGGCCAAGGCGGAGCAGGUCCCUCCUAGAAGCUCGGGAGGCCAGAGUGCUGUUUCUGCUGCUGCCUAAGCGGCGGUGCAGGAACGUGGUGAUGGAGGGUUGGCCGUUUGAUAUGGCGGAACUGAGGUCUGUGACCGCAUGGCAUCGUGUUGCUUAUGUAUGGCGAUGUUGAGUGUUUGAUUGGCGUUCUGGAAUCAUAUAAGCAUGCAUAGCAUAGAACAAUGAAGAAACAUGAGC